GAAUUAGCCGCCGCCGCCCGUAGCCGACCUCGAUAUCCCCCUCGACCUCCCGCCCGCCGCUUGAGACGUUCUUCAAUCUUUGCACUACUCUCGCUGGCGUAUUGUUGUCGUCGUCUGGUCAAGGAUAUACAACAACAAAAGAAUAGACAGACCCUGCAGACAUCACAUCCCCACGAGUCACGAUGAGCGGCGCCCUGCCCCCGCGGGGCCUCGCCGCCGUCCUCAGCAAGUCCGCCUCCGACGUCGUCAUCCUCUCGUCGGUGCGCACGCCCAUCUGCCGCUCCUACAAGGGCCAUCUCAAGGACGCCUACCCGGAGGAGCUCCUCGCCGCCGUCCUGGGAGCCCUGCGCGAGCGCCACCCGGACGUCGCCGUCGAGGACGUCGGCGUCGGCGUGGUGCUCUCGGAGCUCGGCGGGUCCAAGGCCGCGCGCAUGGCCCUCAACCACGUCGGCUACCGUCCCGGCGAGACGUGCCUGUACACGGUCAACCGCGCGUGCUCGUCGUCGCUGCAGGCCAUCGCGUCCGUCGCCGCGCAGAUCCGCGUCGGGGCCAUAGGCGUCGGCAUCGGCGCGGGCAUGGAGAGCAUGACGAGGAACUACGGCGGCAGGGCCGUGCCGGUGGACGUCUGGCCCGCGCUGAGGGAGUCGCCCGUCAAGGACGCGAGGGACUGCCUCAUGCCCAUGGGCCUCACGUCGGAGAACGUCGCCUCGCGGUUCCGCGUCUCGCGCGCCGACCAGGACGCCUUCGCCGCGCAGUCGCACGUCCGCGCCGCGGCCGCCCGCGACGCGGGGCGCUUCGACGACGAGAUCGUGCCCGUGACGACGCGCUUCCAGGAGGUCGACAGGCAGGGCCAGGCCGUGGGCGACGAGCGGACCAUCACCGUCACCCGCGACGACGGCAUCCGCGACGGCGUCUCCGCCGAGGCCCUCGCCAGGCUGAAGCCCGCCUUCAAGCCCGACGGCGCCUCCACGGCCGGUAACUCCAGCCAGGUGUCCGACGGCGCGGCGGCGACGCUGCUCAUGCGCCGCAGCACCGCCACGCAGCUGGGGCUGCAGGACCGCAUCAUCGGCCGCUUCGUCUCCGCCGUGACGGUGGGCUGCGCCCCGGACGAGAUGGGCAUCGGUCCCGCCCUCGCCAUCCCGCGGCUCCUCGCGCAGCACGAGCUGUCCAUCGAGGAUAUCCAGAGAUGGGAGAUCAACGAGGCAUUCGCCAGCCAGGCCCUCUACUGCCUACGCGCGUUGGACCUCGAGAAGGCGUGGGAGGAGGGCCGCGUCAACCCCGACGGCGGUGCUAUUGCGCUGGGUCAUCCACUCGGAGCUACCGGUGCGAGGAUGACGAGCACACUCAUACACGGCCUGCGGAGAGACGGCGGCGAUCUAGGAGUAGUCAGCAUGUGUGUGGGAACAGGCAUGGGGAUGGCAGGGCUCUUCGCCCGAGAGUAGGUAAAUGAGACCCAACUGCAAAAUUGGUCGCUUCCGAUGACUCGGGACUUCUUGCGGAAGCCGGCGUACGCACAGCGUAUUGUAUUACGACUACGAAGUAGAUAGCAUGUCAACAGAGUACAUAAUAUGACAAAACGCCGCCCAACCAGUGCCGACAGCGACUAUAUGCUAGACUGUGGCAGGGAAAGCUUGCGCAUCAUGGAAGACUG